UGGCAGUAUUAUACUCACAUAUGGUCUGGCAGCCCAGUUCUGUCAGGCUCAGGAGGAGCUUGGAGAGCGGGAGAGAGAAAAGAGAGAGAGAAGAGAGAGAGAAGAGAGGGGAGUGAGAGAGAAUUAACCAACAGAAGAGAAGAAAGUGGCUGUAUGUAAGUGGGGGAGCGUGGGGGCAGUCUGCCAGAGAGUGAUAACCCCAGCUUAACUCUCAGCCUACAUUACCUGCACUUCUACACACUCAUUAGUACACACGCAUGCGCACACACUCAGCCAAGAUGGACUGUAGUCUGAGCAGAGCAAAGUGACUUCCCUCCAGUUUGUGCUCACCAAAGAUCUGAUAGCAGCCACAAAUUAUUGACGUGAUUCUUUCUCAGCUCUCUGUCAGUAUGGAGGAGGCUGACCUAUUGCGGGAGAGACUACAGGCCAUCACAGAGAAAAGAAGAAUACAAGAGGAUAUUGCAAAGAAAAGGAGAGAGAUUGAGGAAGAGAAAUUGAAACUUCAGUAUCUAAAGAAAAAAGCCCUGCGGGAGCAGUGGCUCAUGGAUGGCCUGAGUGGUCACAAUGAGCAGGAAGAAGAGGCCAUGAGGGCACAGGCUCAAGAGGAGCAGCAGCAGGCCAUGCUCUUGCAACAACAAAUCUACAGAAUAGAGAGUGAGAUUGAGGAUCUUGAAACAGAGGAGAUGAAUAUCUCAGCAAAUGAAGAGCUCAUUUUAAAGCGGCUGAAGGAAGUGGAGAGGACGGCUGAGGACAUUAUAAAGGAAGUAAAUGGCGAUGUGCAAAGAGAGAUGAUUCAAUACAUCUACUCCACAAUACCUGAUAUUCCUGAGUCAUAUACCCCAACCCUUAUGAGAAGAAUCAACACUCCAGAAAAGGAUUCUGAUAGUGAAGCACAGAAAGAGGCCAUUUACGCCAUGGAGAUCAGUGUGGAAAAAGACCUGCGCACAGGCAAAAGUCAGGUUCUCUCCACUGCCUCAGUCACCCCACAGGAAUUCCAAGAGAAAGGUAUCAAAGUCUAUGAUGAUGGCAGGAAGUCGGUCUAUGCUGUACAGUCAGCUGGGAAGGAGUCUGAGGAUGCAAUUGAUGAGUUGAGCCCUCUAGAAGUGGAGGAGCUUCUAAGAAAAGCCACAGCAAAGAAAGACCCAACUGAUGUGGAGUAUCAUGAGCCUGUUUUCUCCAGCCCUUACAGCAGGUCAUCUACUCCUCAAAAAGUGGAGCGAGGGAUGGUUAGCCCAGGACCCAAUGGGUUCCACAUACAGGGCAAGACUCCCAGCCCAUUACAGCCUGACAGUCAAAUCUCUCAACAUCAAGAAGAUGCCAAAGCCAUGCUUUCUCCUACUCCAGAUCAUGUGAAUUAUCACAUGUACAAGUAUGCUGUAAAUAGACAAGGAUCUGAUGGUGUGCACACAAAUAAAGCAGAGCUCAUGCAGGAGCUUAAGGAACAGAAAAGGCUCAUUCCAGUGUCUGAUUCACAACUGGGAUUUGAGAGAUACUCCCCUUUUAAUCCAAGAGAAGACGUUUGCUUCUGUGUAGAGAACUCUUUCCCAUCUGAGAUGGAUUGCAAUGAGCCUGUCACUAUGAUUUUUAUGGGUUAUCAGAAUGCAGAGUCAGAUGAGGAAAAUGAUGCGAUCCAAGCUGAACUGGUGGUAAUAGGCGAUGAGGAAGAAGAUGAUGAGGAACCAUCUCUGUCAUACCAUCCACAAGGCUACCAUAGCAAGGUCUUCCAGCCCAAGAAUGAUAAUCUUCAUCGUUCAGAAGUCAGGCACGGUUUUAUCAAAAGUCCCAGCUCCGGAGGACACCUUACGAAAUAUGGGACACAAAACACAGAAACCUCAGUCUUGAAAAUGAAACAGCCUCAGCUAAGAAAAUGUGCAGUUCCCGCACAGGGAGAUCCCAGGCUUCCAUAUACGAUGAAGACAUAAUAAGAAAGAAUGGACAUAAGAAUUGGGUGUCCUCUACAACAGAACUGAGAAUUAGUGAAAUGAAUAUGAAAAGAAAACUAAUAUAAAAAUCAUCCAGAAAUGUGAGAGUAGAUGGGAAUAUACGUUUUCUAUGACGCUAAAAUCAUUUCUUUUUGUAUCAUUAUAUAGAGUAAACGAAUAAUAUAAUGUUAGGACUAUUUAAAAUCCUCUGUAGCAUGUAAUUUUUUUUGUUAAGUGCCUUAUGCAAGUGAAAAAUAAUUAAUUUUUUGCACUCAUAUAUGAUUAUAGUUGUUUAUUAUAUAAGCAACUAUAAUAUUGCUUCUGAGAAAUUACAGUACCGGUUUUCUUUGUAGAAGUACUAAUGUUUGUGUUUGAAUGAAAUAAAAAUGGUAUGGUAAUGAGCAGACCUAUGGUACAGUUAAGCUAUUUUAUGCACAGUAUAUCUACACUAUUAGGACAGUUUUUGCUAUUUGUGAGCUCUGGGGUUAAUGCUGAAUAUUAGACCCUACACAAAGCAUAGCACAGUGUUGUUUCUACAGGGAUUUGUUAAUGACAGAUACCAAAUUCAGUUUAAAAGUUUAACUUUAUUAUAGAUACUCUGGGUAGUCUAAAAAGGAAAGAAUCUUCCACAGACUAAAUAUGAAUUUAUUUAUUUAUUUAUUUCAAGGUCAUUUUCCAAUGCCUACACUGGCACUGUAUGUGCAAAACUCAUUAACAAAACACAGACACACCAAUAAAAACCCAAAAGCAAAUUUGGAAACAUGAAUUUGCUGCCCUGUUUUUGGUUUUGCUGUCAUGUUUUUGAUUUUAUUUUAUUUUUUUGCCAUGUUUCUGAAUUUGGUAUUGUGUUUCUGAUUUGCUUGUUGUGUUGUCUGAUUUGUUAAGGUGUUUUGUGAUUUUGGGGCACUGUAAAUCCUUAUUAACCUUUUUACAGUAACUAGAAAUAAAGAAAGCCUUUACCUGAGGUGAAUGAGAAUGCUUAGAAUAGCCUAAAAUAUUUUUAGACUGUGUGUGAUGAUGUAUGAAGAGGAAACGUAUUUCAUCAUUUCAUCAUUUUGAUUUCAUCAGUUCGACUUUUGCUUGGCUAAUAUUAUUUUAGGGAGACUAUUUGUGUAUCCCAGUUUGAAAGCUACUAUGUGUGAAAAUACACUACCUGGUUCAUUUAGUCAUAGGAAAGUUAUUAUUUCAGCAGUGUCAUUCAUAAUGUAUAUGGCUGAUUAUCACUACUUUGGAUUUAUUAUAUCAGAGCUUUUAUUGAUAUAAUCAUUAUAUUUCUUGAGCGCCUGGAAUACUACUAACUGAAUGAGGAAAAGUUUGAUUGCAGCAUUGAAUGUCUACUAGCUUUUAUUUGCUUUUUAAACCAAAAUUCACAAAGGGUUGGAGUGCCUGUGUCUCUGUGGCUAGAGGUUUCCAUUCCAGCCUUGAAGACCACUUGAUUAAACAAGGGGAUACAACAUGGGUCCUAUUUGACUGGAAUGGAAAACUGUAGUAACAUCAGUGCUUUGUGAAUAAAAUCAGAAAACUCCUGAUUUAAACUAUAUUGAAUAAGAAAUGCUAAUUUUGUUUAAUCCAUUUAGACAUUUCCUGUGUCUAACUAACAGUCUCUGUGUUGCUGAGUGUGUGCUACAAACAGGAAGAAAUGUGAACUCACAGAUCUGAUUUUUGCUUGCGAAUGUCAGUUGGAGCUAAAUAUCUGCAGUCCUUGCUGACAGUUUCUGAGACCUCCUGUGAGAGUGUUAGUGUGCAUGUAUUUGUGUGAGUGUGUGAGCAUGUAACGAAGCAGCAGAGACAAACUGCUCAGCUAUUGGCUGCUUCUCACACAUUCAGUGCGAGUCGCGUCUCUGUGGCUACAGGGAAGAGCAUCAGCAUAGCACUCUCCACUCUGCUGCUGCCACAGAGCAAGGUAGGACAGAGACAGCCACACUCACAGCCAACUCAUUCACUUUACUUUAUACCUACAGCUAGUAAAUCAAGUCACCUGUGUGUUUUAUAGGCAAGGUGAUGACCUUUUGAGCUUUGCAGUGCUAUUGGUAGGCAACACUGUGGGGAGAGAUCACAGUAAUAAAGAGAUAUUGACUUUAAGCUGACAGUUGUUAAUGGGGGCAAGUUUAUAGAAAGAUAACUGCAUAUGGAUUGCAUAUGUGUCUAUGAAAUAUUUCUUAUAUUUUUGUGAAUGUGAUCUCCCCCCUCCCCCCUUUUUGCUGCAGUGUUAUCAGGCAUGAGAAGCAGAUUUUGUGUAAUUUUGCCUUUAAAUCUUUUGGAGAAAUUCAUUUUCAAAACAUAUUUGUAAACAUUUGAAUGUUUAAACAUAGACAUACUAGUUAGGAGAAAGAAUUUUUUAAUGUUACCUUCUAAACACACCAAAGGAGUAACUAUUUUUCAUUCGGUAAUUUCAUACAAUUGCAUCCUAAUUUUGGAAAAGCAAAAUUUUCUAUCUCUAUAUGUGUAGAUAUUAUCAUCUUUUGAAUGAAUACUACUUCGGAUACCAGCUGAGAUUUUUCUGCACCCAUCAGCAUAAUUACUAACAGAGUGGUAGAUGCAAAGUUGCAUAUUAUGAAAAAAAAAAUCUAUUCUAUUGAAAAUCUUGUUAGCAAUUUUCUGGUGGAUGUCUUAAAUAUACAUAUCUGAAAAUGCCAAAGUGCGGAUUUGAAAAUCAGAGAAGUCAGAGUGGAUGGGAAGUCAUUGGAACUGAUUGCAGAUGCAAAAGGCAAAGUGCAGGAGUCUCGGCUUUCGAACCUCCACAGGAAUGAGAAAUAUUUUACACUCACAGCACUGGAUGUUGGCCAUCUCUGUAACAGACGAAGCUGAAAUCAUAAAUCACAGCUAGACUAAAAUAUGUCCUAUCAUUUUCCAAAUGUGACAUAAUAAUCAUAAAAUGCUGUAUAUUGUUACAUAUAAUGGAAAAAGAAACCCUCACAGGGUUCAGUUUGAGCACGUUUAUUUGACUGCAUUACAGCUAUUCUUUUCUGACUGUUCUCUUGUGAAACUUGUGAAACAUGUGCCCCUGCUGUGCAGUGACAGAUGGAGCCUAAUCAAGCUGUCUCUUAAGGCUGUGAGCUUUUCAGAAAAGUGGCUGGCUGGAGGUCUGAAUGGCCAGCCCACGCACUGCGAAGUCUCUUUCACUUCAAAUCUGCUUAUGAUUCACAGGUUAUUGUGCUUCAGAGAGCAAAAUGUCCCUGAAAUUAAAAAGCUAAUUAACACACCUUCAGUACUCCCAGGGAAGCAGGCAAAGUCUGAAGGUUCCAUGUAAUCGUCUGAAUAGGUGAAUGUCUCUAUUGGAAGAUGCACUGACAGAAAAGACAGUCUGAACAACGUAACCUUCAUCUGACCACUGGCCAGAAGUGUGCACAUGAGGACUACAUUGAAAGAGUGUACAAAUCUAUACAUGUUGCUCAAUCAAUUAUUGACCACAUAGCUCAUUAUGGAAAGUUCGGAGUGAAAGUAUUGCCUAAAGCAACAGGCAUCACAGACCAAAGCAUACAUUUAAUGACAUAUCUGCCAAUAACUUCAUGUUAUCCUGAGUUAUUCACUUGCCAACACUAGCUCAAAGGUUCAUGUAUUUAUCCUGAAAAGAAAUUCAGUGAGCAUGCAGAUACUGAGGGGAGAAUAGUUUACUUAGCAACAGGAUAGAGAUGAUCACCUGCUGGCAUUUCUGGCUGGAGAUCAUGGUAGGUGUUUGGCUUCAAUCAUACCUCUGUUUCUCUGUGGCUUUCUUCAGUCCUAAUGUCACUGAAUUAUUUAUUGCAUACUGAUUAUUAUGACACAAGAGCUGAGACUAGGAGGCUGUGAGCAUGGACGUUUACUCACCAGCUGAGCUGUUAUACCUUCUGGGCUGUUGCCAUGGUACUCAACACUUUUCCCUGUCUGUUGUUUUCAUUGCGCUUUAUGCCUUUUGUAGGGUUUGUUUAGUUGAAAAUGUAUAGAAAGUGAAGUGGAGACCAGUUGCAUCUUUUAUUUAAUAUAUUUGAAUGUUUGAGCUUAUGAGAAGUAUUCCUGAGACAUACUCUGCUGUGGAGAGGUAUUACUUGGGAGCAAAGAUUAUAGAUUAUUAAACAGUGUCUGAGCCAUAACCUGACUGAUUUUAACUAUUUAUUGGGUAAACCACUUUUUUUGGCUUGUGAUGGUGCAACACUGAUACGUUAAUGAAGCACGUUCUUGAAGAGCCAAUGGAAUUUGAGUUUAUUCUGUAGUAAAUCUGGCUUUGUAUCCAGUGUCUGUUGUGUGAAAGAGUUUCAGCAUUAGGCUGCACAUUACAUCGAAACUUGGCAAGGGGCACUGGUGAGCUCAGUGUUAACUUUGUCUGCCUGUAAUCAAACUAGAUUGUCAUUAUCAAACACCCAAUCAGUAGGAGCAAAUGUGGUAAAAAAAAAAAAAAAAAUCACUGGACAUGCAGUUUUUAAUUUGUGAUUCAAGCCCUCUCAAUGUGAAUACAGAAAAAAUAAAUAAAUACAGGAAAGGUACUGAGAUCUGCAGUGGCUAAUCCUGCUUAACUGAGCUCUGUGUAAAGCUCUGUGUGUUAGAACAAGAUAGGGACAUUUCCUCGUGGGCUUCUGCUCUGCUUCAUUCACUUCUUCUCUUCAGCUUAAUGGAGGCCAAGGCUAAUAAGAUGGAGGGACCAUGGUGCAUCAUAUGUGGGCGAAAAACCCAUUCUGCGGUCUUACAUAAUGGAAGCAUUUAAUUCCAUCAAGCUUCUGCUUUUCCUUGCUCAAAGCCACUCAAUGUGUGAAAUGAUUCACUACAAUAGUACAAUUUUUUUUUAUUUCCUGUUCUAUAUUGUCUGAAAUCCAUUAUUUGAAGGGCUUUAGACAAAGUGAAAUAUUGUUUACAGCUGCAAUGAAUGAUUUUGUGUGAACAACACUUUUUGCACACUUUUAACAGGGAAGGAGGUGAAACUUUGAACCAAAUGUAUUUGCUUGAAAAGGUUAUUUGUGGUUUGUUCAAGAAAAAAAAUGCUUUGCGCUAUCAAGACAUGACCUUUCUGUCAUGAUAUGACAUUUGGUCAUGACACAAACCAGGUAAGGAAUCCAUAAAUAUGCUAUAAGCAUACGGGGAUAAAUCAAGCAAAUAAUCAAGCAAAAAGCAUGCUUGCAUCUAACACAAUUUGUCCCAUGAUAUGUUACUUACAUAAAUCAAAUGCAAUUGUUAAUGUUAAUGUCAAUAAGUACAUAAUGUACCUUAGAACUAGGUUCAGUUAUAUAAAACAAAUAAUCUUGACCCUUGUCUGCUACACAACAAAACACUUUCCAAAUACUGUGCUAAAAUAAUUAUGUGUGCUUAAUGUUCUUCUUCUACCUGUCUGCCUGUUAAAGCCUGAGUAACCACUAAGACUAAUGAUCACCACAUCACUAUAAUGCCAUGCUACUAGAUAAAGGCCGUUAAUGGGUACUGGCAUUUAAAAAAAUGUGUGUGUGUGUAUAUAUACAUAUAUAUAUAUCACAAAAUUAAAUUUUACAGAAAAAUGUUUUUAUGUCAGUAAAGAAAGCGGCAUAUUGCGUAACAAAGACCACUUUUCAGACAAAAAACAUAAUGAAGGCUGCUGGGGUUUGCUGCAAAAAUAAGAAGCAAUUGUGACAAAGUCUCCAGAAGAACUGUGGCUGGUUCUGCAAGAUGCUCGAUAAAACUUACCAGCUAAUUUCCUUAUAAAACUGCACAAAUUGUACCUGAGACUAGUAAUUUUUUUUUUCUGAAGCAAAGAGUCAUCACAACAAAUAUUGACUUUGUUUCAUUUAUUACUGUUUACUGCUCUGUAGAAACAUUAAUGUAGAAACAUUUAAUUUCAUCAUAUUUAAAGGCAUCUUUGCUCUUUGCUUGUGCCUAAGACU